AUGUCGCUGCUCUUGGCUAACCGUUUGUUUGCUUCUAGAAUGUCUGUCCCUAGUCAUUUCAAGGCUAUGACGCUCAAACUCUCCGUCGGAGCUGAUCCAAAGACACGAUUCGAUGCUCUGGUAUCGUCUGAUCUACCAACCCCUGCUUUGAAGAAUGGUGAAGUGCUAGUCAAGAUCCACGCUGCCGCUCUCAAUCAUCGAGAUGUAUGGAUUCGUCAACUAGGAAGUGGUAAAGAAGGUGUCGUCUUAGGAUCUGACGGUGCUGGAGUCAUUGUAGCUUCAAAUCCAGACAAGACUCUCAUCGGAGAGGAAGUCAUCAUCAACCCCGGUUUGAACUGGGAUUCUCAAGUAUCGGGACCAGAGAACCCGGCCAUAUAUGAAUCAUUGGGACAUCCAACCAACGGUACCAUCUCCGAGUACCUCGUAAUCCCAAGGAAAUACGUAUACACCAAGCCAAAGCAUUUGAGCUUUGCUGAGGCUGCUGCUCUGCCUCUUGCUGGAUUGACUGCUUGGAGAGGUCUUUUCACUCAAGGUGGUCUGAAGAAGGAUCAAACCCUCUUGAUUCCUGGAAUCGGUGGUGGUGUCGCAUUGUUUGCUUUGCAGUUUGCAGUAGCCAUUGGAGCUAAGGUAUACGUAACCAGCUCAGACGAUGAAAAGAUCAAGAAGGCCAUCGCAUUAGGAGCAACCGGUGGUGCCAACUACAAGACAAAGGACUGGAGCAAAGGACUCGCCAAAGAUCUCGGAGGAAAAGGAAUCGACCUUAUAUUCGAUGGUGCCGCCGGCCAAGAAAACUUUGAUGCUUACUUGAACUUGAUGAAAGUCGGUGCUACAUACGUAAACUAUGGAGGUACAGCUUCAUGGGCUGUCAACCUCCCCAUUGCUACAUUCUUUUCUAAGCAGCUUUUACUCAAAGGGUGUGUAUUAUCGUCUUCGUUACAUCCGUCAAUACAAUACUCAUCAAUCCUUGUAUUUAGAACUGUAAUGGGCAGUCAACGAGAGUUUGUUGACUUGGUUAACUUUGUCAACGAUCACAAAAUCGUACCCAUUGUCAGCCAAGUAUUUGAAGGCCUCGAAGAUGGUUCAACUAAGGCAUUCAACCUAAUGCUGGCUGGAGCACAAUUCGGUAAAAUCGUCAUAAGCAUGGACCACAAGUUGUAG